UUUUUUUUUGACAUUCAAAAGCAGGAAUUUCUUGCUCUCUUCUGAAAAAUUGAUCAUUCAAGUAAAUUUAAUUGUUAUUUAAUCUGUGUCAUAUGUCGGUGUAGAAUACAAAAAAAUCUUGAACGUCGAACCUUAAAUAUUAAGUUCAAGCUUAAUGCAUUUAAAUCCCAAUAAAUCCUAAAUACAAAUUAUUGUUUGUUUUCCAAUGCGAAUGGCUGGACAAUAAAUCUUAUCAUUUAAUAAAGCUUCAUCCAAAAUAUCAAAAUCACCAUAAGUUUACUUACUAAUUAACCCAUCAUUCAUUGAAAAUACUGCUCGUAUUUUAAGAAUAGAGCAACUUUGUGCAUACUAGAACCGCAAGUGAGUUUUUCUUUUAGACUUAUUACAAAAUUGAGAAGAACCAGCAGCGCCGAAAUGAAUAAUGUUAGUGAUAUACCCGUUCCAGACCCCGGAUCGGGAGAAAAGGAAAUGGAUGCAUCUAGUUCUCUUAUUGGACAACGUACAUCAAUGCAAGAAACAAAACAGUCUGGAGCUUUGAAAAAAACAAGUCGUUAUCGCAGCCGAUCACUUUCGGCUUCCUCUACAGAUUCUUAUAGUUCAGCAUCGUAUACUGGAAGUAGUUCAGAUGAUGAUGAUAUUCCGCCGAGGGAGAAAGUCCAAAAGAACAGCAAAGGCAGCUUGGAUUUUUGUGUUCGUAAUAUUCAAGGUCAACACGCAUUUGGAAGGCGUGAAAUUGAAAUUGCCGAACAGGAAAUGCCUGGAAUAAUGGCUCUGCGAAAGCGUGCAAGUGAAGAUAAACCGCUGAAAAAUGCAAGGAUUGUGGGCUGCACGCAUAUUAACGCACAAACAGCAGUACUUAUUGAAACUCUCGUUGAACUGGGAGCAUCUAUUCGUUGGGCAGCGUGUAAUAUAUAUUCAACACAGAAUGAAGUGGCAGCUGCGCUAGCUGAAGCUGGUUAUCCAAUAUUUGCUUGGCGUGGUGAAACCGAAGAAGAUUUCUGGUGGUGCAUUGAUAAAUGUGUAAAUGCUGAAAAUUGGCAACCAAACAUGAUCCUUGAUGACGGUGGUGAUGCCACGCAUUUGAUGUUGAAAAAAUACCCGGCUAUGUUCAAAAUGGUCAAAGGUAUCGUAGAAGAAAGUGUAACUGGCGUCCAUCGCUUAUACCAACUAUCGAAAUCUAGCAAAUUAACUGUUCCAGCAAUGAAUGUAAACGAUUCAGUGACAAAAACUAAAUUUGAUAAUCUCUACAGUUGCAAAGAAUCAAUUUUGGACAGUUUGAAGCGCUCAACAGAUGUUAUGUUUGGUGGAAAACAAGUAGUAAUAUGUGGCUAUGGGGAAGUUGGUAAAGGAUGUGCUCAGGCCUUAAAAGGACAUGGUUGCAUUGUAUAUAUUACUGAGAUCGAUCCCAUUUGUGCUCUUCAAGCAAGUAUGGACGGUUUUCGUGUUGUCAAAUUAAAUGAAGUUAUACGCAAUGUUGACAUCGUUGUUACUGCUACUGGAAACAAAAAUGUUGUCAACCGUGAGCAUAUGGAUAAAAUGAAAAGUGGAUGCAUAAUUUGUAAUAUGGGUCAUUCAAACACAGAAAUCGAUGUUAACAGUCUACGAACACCAGAUUUGACAUGGGAAAAGGUCCGCUCUCAAGUCGAUCAUAUUAUAUGGCCCGAUGGAAAAUGGAUAAUUCUGUUGGCUGAAGGUCGUUUAGUAAACUUAUCAUGUUCUAGCAUACCGUCAUUUGUAGUCUCAAUAACAUCUGCAACACAAGCACUUGCAUUGAUUGAGCUUUUCAAUGCACCACCUGGUCGAUAUAAGUCUGACGUAUAUCUCUUGCCUAAAAAGAUGGAUGAAUAUGUUGCCAGCUUGCAUUUACCCACAUUUGACGCACAUUUGACAGAACUUUCUGAUGAACAAGCCAAAUAUAUGGGUUUAAAUAAGGCUGGACCGUUUAAGCCUAAUUACUAUAGGUGAGUCGAAGAUAUUAAGGAUUGUUUCCCUUUUCCCAACAAAUAUUUUUGUUGGUAAACAAUACAGAACAAAACAAAAUAUUAUUCAAACUCAAUAAGAACUCAACUCAGUAACAAAAACAUCACUCCUGAAUUCAUUAGAGAACGAACUCCUACAUAGUACGAACUCCUACAUAGUCAAGUAUUUCCAUGGUUUUAAAGUUAACCGUGUUUUAUUUUUUGUUUUAAUUGUUUUUAAGAGCGUUGAAUAAGUUAAGUUAAUAGAUUGAUGUUACUUAUACAAACUAUAAUUACAUUGUCAUGUCACUAAAAUGUUCGAGUAGUCUAUCUACGACUGUCGAAAGAAAGGGUAUGUAUAUAAAAACUUCACAGAAAAUCGGAAAUACAAAAUAAAUACAAAGCAAUUUUAUAAGUUCGAUUAAAAAUAGAAUAUGUAUUAGACAAAUACCUUUUUAUAGAAAGCUUAAUUGUGAUUUAUUCAUAUCGUCGGCUGAAUACCUAAAGCUGUUAAGUUCACUCUGCUAAAUUUGUAAGUAAUAGAAAGAUUUUAUUGAUAAACUUGAAUUUAAAAAAAAGGAUACUGCACCAACUGCGUAAAUUUGAUUAUUUUUUUAAAGCAAAUACAGUUUUUAAUAAAAUGGCAUUUAACUCAUCUAAUUUGGAGCAAAAUUUGAAUUUCAGCUUUACGUAUUAAACUGACUAAAAUUAUAUAGGCUUAACUGAAUGCCUGCAAAACCACUUAGUUAAAAUCGAAAGAACUGUCUCUGCCCCCUUUGGGAAAGUCUAUGACAUUGAAAAAUAUUUGUAUCGAAACUGUUUUUUAUUAUUGGUUUAGUGAUUUUUAAGUUUUUUUUAAAUUGACGCCUUACUAAACACUUUUGCCAGCAUUGGAUACAAACGCAUUUAACGACAACAGAAGCAUAUUUGCAAAGGUUAGUAUAACUUUACUUAUAAAAAGUGAAUCUAAAGAAAUUGUCUUUUAUCGUAAAUUUUGAAAACGUGUCUUCAUAAAUAUGAUUUAAUUUUUAUUUAAAAUCCAUUAAAUUAAAAUAAAAGAAAAUACAAAAUUGUUCUAAAAGUAUUGUGUAAAAAAAAACAAGAAUAUGCUAUCUAUAAAAAAUCAAAUCUUUGAACCACACACAUAUAAAACAUGUAUAUUUUUUAAUUAGCUUAAUAAAAUUGACAAAAAACAGUAUUAUGCAUCACUUCGCAUUUAAAAGUAACAACAGCAAAAUAAAGCAGAAUAAUUAUUGUCAUCAUUAUAUACUUACAUAGAAAAAUGUAUACAGUAAUGUGUUGUCAUCUAAACAAUCUUUGAUAAGUGUGAAACUAUAAAUAAAUGUAACCAAAUAACGUCGUAUUAACUACAACUCAAAUGAAAUAAAGAAAGCGUUCAUUCAUAUGUUUUUCUUAAAAUCGGUAUAGAUAAAUAAGAUGAAGCAAAUUUAGUUAAACGUGAAACUAUAUUUUCUAUAAUUAUUCCCAAGAUUCAAAAAUAAAUAUAAUUUUUAAGAAAAAA